GUUCACACCGCGUUAUGAACGCUGGGGUUGUGGGCGUCUUGACAAGCAGCAAUCUCUCGGCGCUAGGACCGUGUUUCUAUGAAGGCACCGAUCCAAGCCUGGAGACCUCUGCUCCAACAAAACAGCUCACAGCCAGUCAAGCUGUCAGCUACAGCAGGAAGCAGCAGUGGGGCAGCGCUGCACGUACAGUACCAGCUACCUCCCUCAUCACCAAGCAGCCUAAUCAUAAAAUUUAGGCUGAGUUCUGGAGCCCUCCCUCCUUAUGGGCGCACAAUGCGCAGGAUUCGGGCCAACGCCAUUGCGGUUCUGACCGUCGCCUGGAUCCUGGGGACCUUCUAUUACCUGUGGCAGGAUAAUAAACCCCACACAUCCCCAUCCUCGGUGUCGCAGCUGCGUUCCGCAGGCGGUAGAAGCCACGGGCAGAGAAUACAAGCGGGGCGACUGGAGAUCCACCGAGAUGACAGGACCAUCCCGCUUAUUGUGACACGUUCCCCACCCGCCGAGCAUCCAGGGCAGGUGAUUGGUCACUUUGAUGAGAAAGCGUACCUAUCGGGGAAGCAGCUGAGGGCAGGGGAGGAUCCCUAUCGAGAGCACGCUUUCAACCUGCAGGAGAGCGACCGGCUGGGCAGCGACCGAGGCAUUCGAGACACGCGCCACUACAGACAUCAGUAUGGAAUACAGCAUAGAAUAAGCAUCCUUCUGUUACAGGACCACACAAGAGUUGUCAGUCCCAUCAUUGAUGUGAUCAGCCUGGACAACUUUGCCUACCUAGCGGCUUCCGCAGACUUGCGGGGGGGGUUUGAUUGGAGUUUGCAUUUCAAGUGGGAACAAAUUCCCAUUGAGCAGAAAAUGGCAAGGACUGACCCCACACAGCCAAUUAGGACUCCAGUCAUUGCAGGUGGCAUCUUUGUGAUGGACAAGAACUGGUUCAACCACUUGGGCCAGUAUGACACCCAUAUGGACAUCUGGGGUGGAGAGAACUUUGAGCUCUCGUUCCGCGUGUGGAUGUGUGGGGGGAGCCUGGAGAUCCUGCCCUGCAGCCGCGUUGGCCACGUCUUUCGGAAGCGGCACCCCUACGACUUUCCGGAGGGAAAUGCUCUCACUUAUAUCAAAAACACUCGCAGGGCUGCAGAAGUAUGGAUGGAUGAGUAUAAGCAGUACUACUACGCUGCCAGGCCCUCAGCUCAAGGCAAGUCCUUUGGCAGCAUUUCGGACCGCUUGGCGCUACGGCGUAAGCUGAACUGCCAUUCUUUUGGCUGGUACCUGGAGAACGUUUACCCUGAACUGAAGAUCCCGGAACAGGAGGCUGUGUCUAGCGUGUUGAAACAGGGGGGGUUAUGUUUGGAGUCCGUUGGCACAGAGAGUUUGGGCCUUGGGGAAUGCAAGGGCAGUGGAUUAAACAGGCCCCAGACUCAGAAGUGGACGUUUGUGGAGCCUCUGAUUCGCCAGCAGGACCACUGUCUCGCUGUCACUGGUUUCACCGCCGGGUCAAAAGUGAAGUUGGAGCCCUGCAACCCGAAAGAACCCAAACAGAAGUGGAGACCCAAGGGCCCCGCCCUGCAGCACAUGGUCAGCGGUCUCUGCCUGGACAGCCAGCUCCCCCCUGGCCCCAUCGCCACCCUACAGUGCCAUCACCAGUCGGCCAGCCAGUCCUGGGAGCCACAGCUAGCAACUUGACCCGACAAACCGGGAGGGGCUUUGGGGUGGGGAGUCUGUGGUUAAACUGUAGGAUAAAGCUGAGGGUGCUGUUGGGGGCCUGGGGGGAGCUGUGAUGGUGCACAGUCACUGUGUGGAGUGUCCAGGAGCUGCUGUCAAAGAAGAAGAAUUGUGUUCUGAAACCUUCUGUUUUAUCACCUUCUUCUGAAUGUCUUUCUAAAUAUUGCACCUAGGGGCGAGGUGGUUUGAGGUGGGGUGGGUGGGCGGAGCAUGUGCACGACUCUCGUACCACUAGUGCUCUCAGCUGUACAGUUCCACGCUUCAAAGUGAACACCUGGUUUCCGUUUCAUUAAUUGAUCUCAAGAGCUUUAUUUUUUUAGUCUUCUGUUUUCACUGAGAGUUAGACCACCUUGGCCAGUUUAAAGUCAUUGGCACUUUGCGCUACUUGAUCUGAUUAUACCGGAGACAUAAGCUGCAUAGAUGAGUUCAUAUACAAAAAUAAUUGUGUGUGUUUGUGUGUAAUUAAACCAGCACACACACAUGGUUACAUGUCUGAGAUUUCAAAGCACUUUCCGGCAUAUUCUGCAUGAUAGGAUCAUCUGAACUCACACCAUGCAGGAGAAAAGUCAGCUGUCCAGCCCCAAGAAUGUAUUCUUUGUUUCUUUUUAACUGUGUAAAUAUUGCUAAAGAAAACUGAACCAGCUUGGGUUCAGAUGAAGUAACUAUUUGUGUGAUUUAAAAAAUAAAAUAAACGGGAACACAGCAUACUUGUAUUAUUUUUUUGCUUGUAUAUGAAUAAAAUGCCUUUUUCCUAUAGAAGGAACAUCUGCUAAACUGCCUUUGCACUGUGUGACAUUCUAAUUAUGUCAUUUUAUUUAAUAUUUAUAUUUUUAAACAACUCGUGAGUUCUGUGGCAUUUAUUUUGAAAUCUUAUUUGCCUUUGUAAAGUAUAUGCCUGUUCAGAUUUGCUCAUAUAUAAUACAGUACAUAUACUAAAUAAAUGCUCGAUUAAGGGAA